CCUUGCCAAUCAGCCAUCCGGUCGUUCAGAACCUGAACUGCAAAGCGAGAGCUACUCACCGCACCAGACAAACCGAUACAGGGUGGAAGAACUCCGCAACAAGAUAAAAAGAAGAAAAUAAAAAACAAUAAAGAUAAAAUCCAGAGAAUAAGAAGAGCAGGGAGGCGUCAGCUGCACAGAUUCUCCUGUCCGUACGGGCUCUGAAACAGAAGUCCAUCUAUAGAAAGAAACAGCCCCCAUCCCUCCUCUACACAAACACACAAAAGGAGAAGAGGAACGAGACAAGUGGGAAACAUGAACCUGUUAGUCAUUCUCACACUCACAACAAUCAGCAUUGAUGCGGUUUUCUCAAGGGACUGGUCAACGAAAAGAUUUUCCCAGUCACCUUAUGGCACAAGUCGAGGGCGAUCGACCAGGUUGUGCCUGGAUGAGGAUGGCAGAAGUUACAGGGGUUCAGUCUCUGUGAGUGCAGGCGGUAAAAGAUGUCUCCGCUGGCAAAGGUCUGAAUAUGAGGGACGAUACGCAGCCUCAGUGGGCCUGGGCCCCCACAACCACUGCAGGAACCCAGACCAGAGCCUGAUGCCAUGGUGCCACGUCAAGAGAGGAAGGAGGGUCGUGAGAGAGUUCUGCAGUAUUCCUAAAUGUGCGAUGGAAAAGGGUCCAGUUGCAACAGCGAGGCCUCGUGUUCAUACCACUCGUGCUGUGGAUACAGAGCUGACCUGUGGCCAGAAGACAGAGCGGAAGCAGUUUAAAAUAGUCGGCGGUGCUCUCACGUCCACAGAGGCCCAGCCGUGGAUGGCAGCCAUCUUCAGUCAAAACAGUGCCUUCCUGUGCGGCGGCUCCCUCAUCACGCCCUGCUGGGUCCUCACCGCCGCACACUGUUUCUCUGACGGUGAGAACACCCAAACUAGACGCAUGGCUGUGUAUCUGGGGAAAAACGCCAUCAAUGAAACUGAUGUUGACAGGGAACAGAGGUUCAACGUGGAGCGAGUGAUCGUACACCAAAAAUACAGCGACGACAGCUACGAUCACGACAUAGCGCUGGUGAAGCUCAAAGGCCGAGGCGGCGCAUGCGCGGUGCGCACGCCUACAGUGAGGACGGCGUGUCUCCCCCCUGCGCUCACCAUGCUCCCCCCGGGGGUGGAAUGCGUCGUGGCGGGAUACGGCAAGGAGAGCAACAGAGCCUGGCACUACUCGAAGCUGUUGAAGCAGACGAAGGUGUCACUGCUCAGCCAGACAAAAUGUUCCAGCAUAUCGCACUACGGAAGUGCCCUCACCAAGAACAUGUUCUGUGCAGCCAGCCCUACCUGGAGCACCGACGCCUGCCAUGGUGACUCCGGCGGCCCCCUGAUGUGCGAGGUGUCGGGCCGUAUGUUUGUGUUCGGGGUGGUGAGCUGGGGUGAAGGCUGUGCCCAGCGGAACAGGCCGGGUGUUUACACACGCGUCACCAACUACAACAGCUGGAUCGCUGAACAAACGGGGCUCCCUGCCUUCACGGCUGGAGUUAUGUAUUCAACAAAAUGACCGCUCAAAAGCCCAGUUACCGAGGACGGACGGACGGACAGAAUUGGAGGGCAGAAGUGAAUUUGGCAGCUACUUUUGAUACAUGCACAGUGUUUAUUACUGAACCUCCUGAGACCUGCUCAGCCCUGGUCUUUACCAUGCGUUUGCUAAUGGUUAGAAUUGCAUUGGUUGUGUAAUUUUUAUGAUAUUUAUCUAUUAUUUUAUUGCAUAUUGAAUAUAUAUUUUUGUCUUUUUUUUUUUGUUUGGCGACAAUUACGUAAGAUUUAAAGGUAAAAUAUCAAAUAAUAUAUUUUGUACUACUGCAAAAAAACAAACAUAUUUAAUCAAAUAUUUAAUACUUGUAUGUGUGUCUUGUUGGAGGCUGGCCCUGCUGAUUAAAGUUGUUUAUUUUAUUAAUAAAGCAUACUAUUUAUAUC